AGAGAGAACGCCAGACUGCUCAGACUUGGCAUGUUUGAGGAUCACAUCGUGCAGACUAGACAUAGACAUUGCAACCAGAGACUGCUUUGGAGAGGAUAAACAUUGUAUCGUUUUGACGCUCUUAUGUGAGUGGUCCGACGGAUUUAUCUUAUCUGUGGACGGGAGAGUUAAGAGUAUUUCAACUCAAUAGUGUCUUAUCCUCAUUUUUUAAACAGAUGGGCCGGUGGUGACAUUCUCUAGUGACAUGGAAAUGCUCUUUUGGUGGAUUUUGAAGACAACUGAUUAAAAUAGGUCGCGUACAUUUGAACUCACUUCUCUAGUGGCAAAAACAUGGAGGCUCCAUCAAGCUUUCAGCCUCAUCCCGGACUUCAGCAAACUCUGAAGCAGUUUCAUUUGAGUUCCAGGAGCUCCCUUGGUGGACCGGCGGCGUUCUCCGCUCGGUGGCACCAGGAAAUUCUCUUCAACAAAGAUGGAAAAACAGCUGAACUGAUGCUGGCCAUGCCUCCACUGACACCCCAGGUUUUAUCGGGGCCGUUGUUCAUUCCAUCCGACCGCUCCAUCGAAAGGUGCGAAACUGUCCUGGAGCGCGAGACAAUUUCUUGUUUCGUGGUCGGCGGCGAGAAACGGCUGUGUCUGCCGCAGAUUCUCAACAGUGUCCUGCGGGAUUUCUCGCUUCAGCAGAUCAACUCGGUGUGCGACGACCUGCAUAUCUACUGCUCCCGGUGCACUGCGGACCAGCUGGAGAUCCUCAAAGUCGUGGGUAUCCUGCCCUUCUCUGCCCCAUCAUGCGGACUGAUCACCCAGACGGAUGCUGAGCGCCUCUGCAAUGCCCUCAUUUACUGUGGUGUCUACCCUCCUCACUGCAACAAAGAGCUGUCUGGCUCCCUAGAGUUGGAGAGGACGGAAAAAAGCUUCAAAGUAUACCACGAAUGUUUUGGUAGGUGUAAGGGGUUAUUUGUCCCAGAACUGUAUACCAGUCCCAAUGCCGCCUGUAUCCAGUGCAUGGACUGCAGACUCAUGUACCCCACUCACAAGUUUGUGGUCCAUAGUCACAAAAGACUAGAGAACCGGACAGUUCACUGGGGGUUCGACUCGGCUAACUGGCGGGUCUAUGUUCUCCUGGACCCGGACUAUACGGGGAAAGAAGAGAAGGCUGUCCUGGAUCAGAACCUCAAAGAAAUGAAGGGCAAAUUUGACUUCGUGAACAAGUUCUCAAACAAAUCAUGCCGUUCUCACAGCCCAGUUCCAGCCAAAAAGUCCAAACUGGUGAAACUACAAUCUCCAUCAACUGACAAAGAGAAGCAACCUGAUUGGUUACAAUCUCUAUCAAAGUCAGCGAACAAGGAUCUGAAAUGGGUCCCGCUGAAACAGAGGUCGUCAGCCUUCCGGCCCUGGUCCUCCAGAAGUCCAUCUGCUGGGGUGGAGAAGUCUACUGGUCACAAUGAGAGAUUCAUCCACAAAAACAUAGACACGUCUGUAGUGUCAAAUGUGGCCCCAGCUUUGUUGGCCUACCAGAGAGAGGAGCAGGCCCCUGUGGGCCACAGUCAGGCUCUAGCCAGGGGAGACCAGCACAUCAGCUCCAGACCAGCACCACAGUGUGGAGACUCCCAGCCUGGUCCCAGACCUGUCCACAUCAACACCAACACUAAUAACACAGCCAACGGUGUGGAGGACAUGGAGACUGACAGGGAGAUCGAGGUGGACGACUGUGAUGACUACCCAACAUUGGUCCCCUCCUUGGCAUCCCCUCCCUCUGCCUGUUCCAGUGUGUACCAGACCCUGACCCCCCAGAUCACCGUGAGGCCUCUGGAGGGCCCAGUCCUACUGGUAUUACCAGGGGAACCGUCAUGCCCAGAGCUGGACACGCUGAGACAGUCCCUGUAUGGAUGCCUGGACUCCAAGGAGGCCAGGGAGAAGUUCCUGCAGGAGAUUAUUCAAAUGAGAGUGAAGCAGGAAGAGAAAUUGGGGGUUGCUCUGCAGGCCAAACUUAGUCUUCAGCAGGAGCUGGAGUUUAUGAAGGUGUCCAAGAAGGGACGUCUUCGAGAGGCCAUCGAGGCCAAGCACAAUCUGAGGAAAGAGAUAGAUCACCUGCAUAUGGAGUGGGACAGGAAGAUGAGGGAGGCUGACGAGUCCCGUGGCUAUCUGAAAAGAGAGCUGGAGAGAGAGAUACAGUUACGGGUCUGCGACAAAGGCUGUGAGGCUGAACGCCUGCGAUCCAAGUACUCCACACAGAUUAAAGAGCUGCAGGUACAGCUGCAUCAGGCGGAGGCGGACCGAGAGCAGCUGAGAGAGGAGCUACAGCAGGAGAGGGAGGCGCGGCAGAGCCUGGAGAGGGUGGUCAAGGACCUGCAGGCUCAGCUGGGAGGCCCACAGGACAACGUCAUGAAACCCCCAACACACUAACACAGAGACACACAGACAGACAUAACACCCCAAUGGAUCCUAAAGAUGCAUGCAGUGGACUGGAGUCAGAGACGUAAAGCAAGAGGGUGGAUACAGACUGAAUUGCGCCUCUUGUUAAGGGAAAGAAAUUCAGUCAAUUAAAGAUGUUUGUUGGAGCAAAGUCAAGAUGUUUUCAUAGAAGAAAAAUACAUCUUCUGAUUACUGAUAUGGUUACUGAUAGGAGAGAAAUGGACAUUAUUAUAAUAAUAUAUGAACUUCAUAGGGUGAACUGGAUAGAAGCAUGAAUACGCAUGUCGUACAGCCUACAGAUGAUAAGAAAUACACUCCAUAGAAGACACCUCACAAGUGACUUUAGAGCCCUCAGUCAGAUUCCUGAAGCUUUUUAAGGAUUUUAUUUUGGUAUAAGCUAUUUAAAAAUGUAGAAAUAGAGCUACAUAAUGUUACUUGAAUAUAAAAGAGGAGUGAUUGUUUUCAUGAAAUGACAGCUGCAGAUGUAACUCUUGCAUGUGCCACACAAUCUCGGUACACUUUAAGGUAUUUACAAACCACUGAAAACAAUGGACACCAGAUGACCACUAUUUACUUCAUUCAACCGAUCAGUUUGCUUCAUUCUAAUGUUUUCAUUUUGAUGUUGUACAGGAAAUGUUGCCUGAGCAGCACUGCUAUCCUACAGGCAACGCUCACAUACAUAUUUACACAUUCACAUACAAACAUAUUGGCCUAUGUAUACCAGCUUCUCUACCGUGUGUAUUUGUGUUCUUGUAUUUAAAGCCUGAAGUAUUUGGGAUUGUGUGGUCUGGAAUCAGUUCCAGCCACCGUUUGUUCUCAUCUUAAAUAUUUUAUGAAAGUGUUACUUUUUACAAUCGUUAUACAGCUUAAUAUGGUUUGUUUUUUAAUUGUUUUGAGAUACAGUACAUUGUGUAUGAAACCAAACCAUGUGACAAGUGUUUAACUGUGCUUGUCCAUGGAAUGGAGUUCCGCCCACAUAAAACACCUCUGAUAAAGCUUUAUCUUUGGUGAAUUGAGGUAUUUCUGAUUUUGUAUCGAGUACUGUAAAAUAAUUUAUAUUCUGAAAUCAUUUCCUGCUUGUCAAUUAUAAGCAGCAUACAUUUUUAGUCACUGGUUUUAGGGCUCUUUGAAAAAGCAACAUGUGCUGUUUAUAUGAACAACAUUUCUACAUAUACAAAAUAUGGAUAUAUUUUUUUACUUUACUAAAAGUAAUUGCACUUUUUAAAAAUAAAAUUGCAUUGUGCAUUUAACUCCCUCUUAUGUUUUUCAACUCACAAAUGAACAUGAACAUAGAAUUGAACAACAUCAUUUAAUGACCUCCUGUGUAAAUACAACGUUUAAGGAUGAUAGUGUGAAUAAUAUUUCUGUCAAUAAGUUCGCUUGCUUCACACCUAAAUUGCAUAUGAAUAUCAUUUUGACUCAUACUUGAAACCAAUAGAAACUAUAUUUGAAAUGUUGAUAUUCUAGUUUCGUUAUUGUUCCCCUUCAAUAUCAUCUGAAAGCAAUGUGCAUUUAUUACAAUGGAUUAUGGGUAGAGAAAAGAAGAGGAAAGAUUGCUAAUUGACCGAUCAGUGAUCUUUGUCAGAUAGAGACAAAAACAGAGAGAGAACAUUUAAAAUGUCCUCUUUAUUUUCUUUCUUCAAUGAGAAUUUUCAGAAAAUAUAUCUUUUUUGAUGUAUCGUUAAGUGUGUACCAAAUCCCAGACCAAAAUAGAAACCUGAAGACGAUAUCUCAGCAUCAAUUCCUUUAUCAGGUUUCCCAAUGCUAAAGCUCCAAUUAGGAUAAAUAUUACAACUUCUCUGGGUUUCAUUCCUAGGUGCUCUCUUAUGUAUUGUAGAAGAAAAUAAUUUUAUGUCUCAUGUACCAGUUACUACUAUUAUCUCCCCACUGAAUACCUGUUGGGUACAAUGUAAUAACAUUAUACAUUGUGUUAAUGCUCUUGUUGUAGUUUUGGUUUGUAAGUGGGGUUUGUUUUUGCCGCUUGUUUCAGUGUAGAUUUCUUCUUUGGAAAACCUGUAUAAUACCCAUUAAAAAUCAACUCAACCAUA